AUGGUGUCGUGUAUGAAUGUGUUUGUGUUAGAGGAGAAGAUUAUCACCUUUGUGAAGAAUGAGCUGAAGAGAUUCAAGAGGAUGCUGAGUCCAGAUUACCAAGAAAACUUUGAGAGUAAAGAGGAGGCUAAGAGUGAAGCCAGAGAAGCGGCUCUGAAGAUGGCACUGCACUUCCUUAGGAAUAUGGAGCAGCAAGAUCUCGCUGACAAACUGCAAGAAAAUGAGCUGGAGGUAGUUUGUCAGACUGAGCUAAAGAGAAAUCUCAAGAACAAGUACCAGAGGGUUUUUGAAGGAAUACCAAAGCAAGGAAGCUCUGAACUUCUAGAAAAGAUCUACACAGAGGUCUACAUCACAGAGGGAGGAAGUGGAAAAGUAAAUGAAGAGCAUGAAGUCAAACAGAUUGAGUCAAGAUACAAGAGACCAGCUGGACAGGAGACAUCAAUCAGAUGCAGUGACAUCUUUAAACUCUUACCUGGCCAAGACAAACCAAUCAGAAGUGUUGUCACAAAAGGAGUUGCUGGCAUUGGUAAAACUGUCUCAGUUCAGAAGUUCAUCCUGGACUGGGCAGAGGGAAAAGAAAACCAAGAUAUCCACUUCAUAUUUCCACUGCCUUUUAGGGAGCUCAACCUCAUGAGAGAAAAACAGCUCUCUUUGAUGGAUCUCCUCCACCACUUUUUCACAGAAAUAAAGCAGUUAACUUUUCCCAGCCAAGGGAAGUGCAAAGUGUUGUUCAUCUUUGAUGGUCUGGAUGAAUGUCGACUCCAACUAGACUUUCAGACAAAUGAAAGUUUGACUGAUGUGACAAAGGUCACCUCAUUGGACGUACUCCUGACAAAUGUCAUCAAGGGUAAUCUGCUCCCCUCUGCUUUACUUUGGAUUACCUCUCGACCAGCAGCAGCCAAUCAAAUCCCACCUGAGUGUGUUGACCGGGUCACAGAGGUACAAGGGUUCAAUGACCCACAGAAGGAGGAGUACUUCAAGAAGAGGAUCAGUGAUCAGAAUCUUGCCAGCAGAGUCGUCUCUUACAUCAAAAUAUCAAGGAGCCUCCACAUUAUGUGCCACAUACCAGUGUUCUGCUGGAUUGCUGCUACUGUUCUUGGGUUGAUUCUUGGCUCUUCACGAGGUGGACAGAUUCCAAAGACUUUGACAGAGAUGUACACUUAUUUCCUUAUUUUCCAAACCAAACAGAGGAGGCUAAAGUUUGAAAAUGUGCAUGACCUUGAUCCACAGUGGAACCAGGAAGUUAUCCUUGGUCUUGGAAAGUUGGCAUAUGAACAGUUAGAGAAGGGAAAUCUGAUUUUCUAUGAAGAAGAUCUAAAAGAGUCUGGCAUUGAUGUCAGAGAGGCAGCAGUAUGCUCUGGCAUCUGCUCCCAGAUCUUUCGAGAAGAAUCAGGGUUUUAUCAAGGAAAAGUGUUCUGCUUCGUGCAUUUAAGUGUCCAGGAGUAUCUUGCAGCUUUGUAUGUGUUUUUGAUGAUGGCAAUUGAAAGGAAAGACAAAAUAUCCAGACACCAAACUCAUGGAACAUUCAUUCAGCAUUGGAAACAGACAUGGAGUUGGUGGUCUCAGACACCCAUGAUCACCUUACACAAGAGUGCUGUGGACAAAGCUUUGGAGCAUGAAGAUGGACGCUUUGACCUAUUCCUCCGUUUCCUUCUUGGCCUCUCUCUGGAGUCUAACCAGACUCUCCUGCAUGGCCUACUACAGAGAGGACAAAAUGAGAUGGACAAUGAAGAAACAAUCAGUUACAUUAAGGAAAAGAUCAGGGAUGUUCCUUCAUCAGAAAGGGUCAUCAACCUCUUCCACUGUCUGCAUGAACUCAAUGAUCACUCCUUAGUGGAAGAAGUCCAGCACUUCCUGAGUGCUGGAACACUUUCUGGAGCUGAACUCUCACCUGCCCAGUGGUCAGCUCUAGUGUUUGUGCUGCUGACAUCAGAACAGAAGCUGGAUGUGUUUGACUUGAAGAAGUACAUCAGAUCUGAUGAAGCUUUCCUCAGGCUUCAGCCAGUAGUGGAGGAAUCUCAUGAGGCUCAGCUCAAUAGCUGUGGGCUCACUGAAAGGAGCUGUACAGCACUGGCAUGUAUCCUCAGCAAACCAUCUUCAAAACUAAAAAAUGUGGAUCUCAGUGACAACAGUCUUGGAGAUAUUGGGGUCCACAAACUCUGUAGCGGACUGGAGAACCCAAACAAUGCACUGGAGACACUCAGUCAUGUGUUGCUCGAUGAACUUUACAGCCUCUGA